CUAUAUAUAAACAUAUAAAUAAAUAAAAGAAAUAAAAAGAAGAGAUUAUUAUGGAUUUCAAGAAUCGUGACAGCGCGGAAAAUAAAUUUGUUUGCCCCAGUGAUAGACAACUUGCAUUACGUGCUAAAUUACACACAGGAUGGAGUACACGAAAAACUCCUGGUGCAUUGCGACCAGAUGAGCAAGCCGCAAUCAUAUCGGUUAUAAGAAGAAAUGAAGAUAUUGAAAUAGCAGAAAGACAACGUGUGGGUCGUUUAGUUGAACGUGUUGAAAAAAUAAAAGAACGUGCUGCUAAUUGUGGUCCAAAUAGUUGUAGACUUUGUGGACAAACAUUUGGAUUUUUGGGACCAUCAAAAUUAAUUUGUACAGAUUGCCAAAAACCAGUAUGCUCAAAAUGUUCGAUAGAUUUAGGACAAAAAAAUUCAUACAAAUCCAAAGAGAUAACUUUAUGCAGAAUUUGUUCUGAAACUCGAGAAAUGUGGAAAAAAUCAGGAGCUUGGUUUUUCAAAUGUCUUCCACAAUAUGAAAUGCCAUCUUCUACAAGUUCAUCUCCAAUUAGAAGUUCAAGAAAAGAAAAAGUUAGCCGUCCAGUUAGGACAACAAAAUUAGGUAUGGAAUUAGAUGAUGAUAGUGCAAGUAGCGAAGAUGAAACAGACGAAAAAUUACAACAAAAUGAACGUGCUUCCCCAUACACUAGUAUACAGCGUGAGGAUAGUUUUCGUUUAAGAACAGUCGGAUCAUUUCGAAGUUUUUUUGAGAAUGGAGAAAGAAAAUUUUCAAAUUCAUUCUUUUUUAAUAGACAACCAUCAAGAUCGGAAAGUUGUAGUCAACCAGAUUGGGAUACAAUUUCAGCUAUUUCAGCAACAACAAAUAUAACAUCUGGAACUAGUAUACGAGAUCGUCGUGAAAGUAAUAAUUAUGCUAGAAGAGGUUCUGUAUCAUCCAGUUGGUCUGUAAGUGAAUCAUCUUCUGGAAAUGGAAGUUCGAGUAAUCAAACAAAUCAAAUUAGUCAAGUUUGUCGUACUGAACCACCACUCGGAUGGCUAGAAGUUCAAAUGAAUUAUUGUGAAAUGAAUCAUACAUUAGCGUGUAGUGUAUUAAGAGCUCGUGAUUUACCAGCAAUGGAUAGUGCUGGUUUGGCAGACCCAUUCUGUAAAUUAAAUAUAAUAACUCCAGAAGGAGCAACAAAACAAACAAGAUGGCUUAAAACAAAAACUGUUCAUAAAACUAAAAAUCCAGAAUUUAAUGAAAAUAUAACAUUUUUGGGUGUUGAACCUGAAGAACUUGGGAAUUCUGUUUUAUAUGUUGUUAUAUUGGAUGAUGAUAAAUAUGGUCAUGAUUUUCUUGGAGCUGCCAAAGUAGGAUUAUCAACAUUACAUAAUAUAAGUCCACAUCGGUUAACUGUACCAUUGGUGUCAGAAGAUCAGUUUAGUUCAGAAGCCAUUACCGCUGGACCAUGGCCCCGUGGUCAAAUGUUAAUUUCAUUAUGUUAUAAUACAAAGAAACGUUCUUUAGCAGUUAUGGUAAAGCGAUGCACGGAUUUGUUACCAAUGGAUAAUAAUGGCAGCUCAGAUCCAUUUGUAAAAUUACAACUAAAACCUGACUCUCACAGAAAAAAAUACAAAACCAAUGUCAAGUGGCGUAACCUUAAUCCAAUUUUUAAUGAAGAAUUCCUAUUUGAAACUCGCCCAAAUGAUUUAGAUAAACAAUGCUUGAUUAUAACUGUGUGGGAUAAAGAUCUUGGAAAAAGUAAUGAUUUUUUAGGUUCAUUGAUUUUGGGACAUAAUAGUAAAGGAAGACGAUUAAAACAGUGGCAAGAUUGUGUAAAAUUACCGGAUCAUUAUCAUGAACAAUGGCAUUGUUUGUCAAAUGAACAGCCGUCGCACUGAUUUCAAUUUAUUUUUUUGUACAUUAUAAAUUAAUUUAUUUAAAAAGUUUUUUUUUUUUAAUCAAUUAGUUUAAAGUGACCUUUUAAAAUAAAUGAUGACUUUAUUAUCAAUUAUAUAUUCGUAUAUUUAAAAAUAAAA